AUGGCUGACCCUCCGUCAGUGUUCCGAUUUGAUGUAACGGUAGGAUUUUGGGAGCACUUUUUUUAGUACUGUGUUUGUAACAAGUUUUGUAUGAAUUCAUUCAUAUUGGUCUGAGUUCUUAGUUACCAUUACACUUCGGUUUUGCCCGUAAAUUUCCCCAGAUGUUACUUAUUGUCCCGUCUUUAGUUUGAGCAUGUGGAAACAAGAUCGGUGCGUCGAAGUUUGGAGACCGAAGACGACACAGACCCCAACAUUUUAUGGUGGAUUCGGGCUGUUCCCCUCGGGCAUUCCGUCAUGUUUUAUUUAUGCCGAAACAUGAUUACCCAUUAUGGAGAGAUCAGGUAGGAAAAGAACAGGGAAAGGACGAGUCAGAUACGAGUAUUCUAUAGUGAAUGGAGAUGCCCAAUUGGAAACCGGGAUCAAUCGACAUGCAGUGAUGAGAGUAACGGAGAUGCUCGAAGAAUACAUGUCCCCGGCCAUCUCGCUGCCAGUCAAUCCGAGAAGAAAUUGGUUCAUUGUACAGGUGAAGAUACAACAUUUAAGACCAGAAGAGUAUCAGAAUCAUCACGUUGAACAAGGUGUGUAAGUGCAUAAAUACGGAUUCGGGUGACCGGACUAACGGAAAUACAGAUGUGUCAACCCUAAUCUCAUCCGUAGCUAUUUAACGGGGUGUAAUUUUCAAAAAAUACAUCAAAUGCCCCCGCCGAGGCGAGAAAUAAGUCUUUUAACGCACGGCUUAGAACAUACACAAUUCUUCGAGAGCACAAAAUUUUUCUUCCCACUUACGGUAAAAUAUUCCACAAAGGUCAGAAACAAACAUGAUUUUUGAAAUUUAGCACCAUCAAAACCUCUAACUCAAGCACUUAACUAAUAAAAAAAAUUAAAAAUCAUUUAGUAUCACUUAAAAACAUAAUAGGUUUUUUUGACCUUAGGUUAUAGACGCCUGCAUUCGUACUUUGUUUUGUUUGCUCCGAGAUACUUUUUGACUUGAUAUAUAUAUUAUAUUAUGUGUAUACCCAGUGUGAACAUCUUUAUCGUCAUCUGUUCAAAUAUAUUUUUUAUUUCAAAAAUUGAAUUUGUGCAAAUGUUUGGUUGUAGGUGCCAUUAAUGAAGAAGAGCAAUUCCAAGAUGAUCCCUUGGAGGGAUGCAGCCAUGAAUUUUUUAUGUCAUCCGAACAGAAGGACAUUGCCGACCGAUUAAUGUAUAUGAAUCUGUUCUCCAAAAGGAAUCUAGAGAUGUUCACAAGGCAAUUACAUUGUGAUCUCGACGUUUGCUGCGGGGAUGUCGUCAUCAAGGCCCACAAAUCUGUUUUAUCGGCUCACGCUGUUGUAUUUCGGUAAUUUCUCAUCUUAUUUUAGAGUACUUUUAGAUCAAUGUUUGGUUACGAAUUUACUCGCGAGAAUCAGAGCUCCACAUUAAUCAUUGAAGACUAUGGAUUGUAUUCUGUUCUAUUGAUGCUUCAAUGGUGUUAUACGGGGGAAUUGGAAACGUUGGACAAAGAGAUAACCCAAUUAUAUAACAUUGAAGAGGUCUCCGAGAAACUUCCGGAAGAUGUUUUACUUGAAUGCACAGAACUGGCAGAUAAAUAUGCAUUGGAUUCAUUGCAGGUAUUGCUUUUACUUUCAUUUCAAACCCGAUUCAGUUACUGUGUGAACAACAGUGGAUCGAUCGAUUGCGCAAGGACAAUGUUUGUUUGUAUCUCGUCUAUGCGGAGAUCUAUCAACUUUACAGUCUAAAGAUGAGUUGUGUGGAUAUGGUAAGCCGUACUGGUUUCGUCGUAAGAAAAAAUGGGGGAAUCGGGCCUUUUGAAAAACUUUUAAAUCUUUUUGCGCUGUGCAAAUUUUAUUUUGCCUGAACUGUGCAAGAAAAUAAGAGGCUGAAUAAAAUGAGCAAUUGUUUUUUUGGGCUUGGCACCUGGGUCUUCUAUGAGUCCUGAAAACCUCAGCAGUGAUCAUUUCCCCUGAACACUCAAUUUCAGAUUUCUUCGAAUCCGGAAAUCAUCCAGUCUUCAGAAUGGGAUCAAGUCCGAAGUUAUGGUAGCGAGACAGCCAGGAGACUCGAAUCGACUCUUAAAAAGGAUGACGAAGACGAGAAAUAG